AUAUACACUGAGAUGUCAGGUAUGAGUGCAGCUGAGUGGAGUGCUGUGGGGACGGAGAUGUUGCUCGCCUGGAUCAUCGGUAUUUUCCUCCUAGGCACCGUAAAAGGUGGUGAGGUGUGCUAUGACAGGCUUGGAUGUUUCUCGGACGCCUGGCCCUAUUCAGGUUCUCUUCAGAGACCCUCUGCCAAGUUACCCUGGACCCCAGACAAGAUCAACGUCCGAUUCUUCCUCUACACCAGGAGCAACCAGAACAGCUACCAAGUGAUCAGUGCUGUCAAUCCUUCCACCAUCUCCUCCUCCAACUUCAGCACCUCCAGGAAGACCCGUUUUGUCAUCCAUGGCUUCACCAGUAGCGGAGAGGCUUCUUGGCUAUCUCAAACCUGCAGAACCCUGUUUCAGGUUGAAGAUGUGAACUGCAUUGCCGUGGACUGGGCCGGAGGAUCCCGCACUACUUAUUCCCAAGCUGCUAACAAUAUCCGCGUUGUGGGGGCAGAAAUUGCCUAUUUUGUUAACUAUUUAUCGGAAAAGCUUGGAUAUUCUCCUUCCAAAGUCCAUGUGAUCGGACACAGUCUGGGGUCACACGCUGCUGGAGAGGCCGGGAAGAGAAUGAAAGGCAUUAGCCGAAUCACAGGUCUGGAUCCCGCUGAGCCAUACUUCCAGAACACACCCGCAGAGGUCAGGUUGGAUCUGACGGAUGCUACAUUCGUUGAUGUCAUCCACACCGAUGCUGGAGAUAUCCUGACCAACUUGGGUUUGGGGAUGAGUCAGGUCAUCGGUCAUGUGGAUUUCUUCCCCAAUGGUGGUGUGGACAUGCCUGAAUGUCAGUCCUACAAGAAUGUUGAAUUUACCAAAGAAGAAAUCUUGAGUGAUCCAACAACAUAUGCCUCCCUCUUGUGUAACCAUGAUGCUGCCAAAGUAUAUUACCUCCAUAGUAUCACCAAUCCGAGCGCCUAUGUCAGCUAUCCCUGCAGCAGCUGGGAGAAUUACAUGGCGGGCAACUGCAGGUCGUGCCCCAGUUCCGGCUGUCCCAAGAUGGGUCACUACGCCGAUACCUACAGAGGUGUCACCAAUUCCAGCCAAGUCUUUUAUCUCAGGACGGUGUAAUGAUAAACUGAUAAAAACACAAUCGACCACAGACCAGGAACCGUUUUCAAAAGGCAUCUGAGUUUUACUAAGAAAUAAAUCUUAUUCUGUGAAAUCAGUGUCUUGUGAUCUGUGUCAAAAAUAAAUGUUUAAAGCUGAA